GCAAAUAUAGCGCUGAAAGAAAGCUGAAAUAUAAAAUGAGGAGGUUGACCCAACCUGAAUCUCCCAAGUCGUCGCCUCCUCGCAACCAGCGAGCACAACAACAUGGCAAGCGACGACGAGACCGACGGAAGUGAUCUAUCUCGGCGCUCAUCGACAGCAAGCAUAUCAGACAGCUAUGAAUACAUUGAUUCAGAGGGUACUAGCGGUCAUAUCUCAGAUGAUGACCGUUCCGCAAGACGACGAAAUGCCGUUUCCCCUUCCGAGCUAGGAAUUUACGGCGUCUCUGAGCCCACCCACAAUGCUCCGCCUUCGGCCCGCGAAAGACGGUUCAAUGCAAUGGAUUCCCCGCCACCUCGGCCGCAAUUUACAACAAGCACAGCAGGCAGCGUGGAUGAUGACGGGUGGGAGAACAUCCCAGGGUCUCAAUUCUUGGAUGCUUCAAGAAGCAGCAACUGGGAUUCUCUUUCAGACGCUCGGACUUUGAAUGAGGAGGCAGGAGGUGAUGAUGGAGAUGAUGGAUACAUGACUGAUGACGAAACAUACUUUGAUAUAGAGGAUCCAGAUAAUACGCCUCGCGUCUUGGCUCAGCAAUCGCAAAGCAGCAGCUCGCCAACGCCGAAUCCAACCCAAGGUCACCCUCGAUCCUUUUCACGGUUCUCCGAAAAUCGAGUCUCACACCCAACCAGCCGCGAUGCCACGAUUCCUCCAAGGACCACUUCAACAAAGCCGAGCAGGGACUUUCAAAGAGGUGGUGCUUAUGGAAGUACUCUGACACAAUUUGAACGUCCAAAUAGCCCCAGUCCAUCUUCUCCCAAGUUUGAGAAUUAUGCACAUUAUGCACAUCUACAGCAAUUAUCUUUGACAGACCGAUCAAGUGCCUCAAGGCAUCCGGAAGAAGAGUCUGGUGGCAAUGGCAAUCCAAGUCUUACCCCCGGAUCCCGUCGUUCUCGUAAGCUCGCUCGCGCGGCGAGCCGAAGAGCUGCCGAUGAGCACUCUGCCAGUCCUCCACGAGAGUAUCUCCCACUUGAUCCUAUCCUCGGUAUCUAUUCGCCGGCUACUAAAGAAUUCGAAGCAACCAGAUGGAGCGGAUUGCGCACUUCGGGUCAAAGUUCUCGCAUGGGAGAAGUCAAUCUUGCGAAAUCUUCAUUCCGGCGGAAGGUCACUGGUAGACAGCAACCAAGUAGGACCUCUGACAUUGAAGACCGGAAUUCUCCCAUGGAUAGUCCGACUUCCAGACGAAAUAAAGAUCGCGCUGGGUCUUUUCAGGAUGAAUCUUCCUUGAACGCUUCAAGAUCGGCAAGACCGCGAGCUUCUGCUGAGGACCUAUUGUAUUUCCCAGGAGUUUCACCCCGCCGACGAGAGCCUGGUGUAGUCUUUGUGGGAAGAGACCCCUCUGGAGGCUGGAACAUCGUCCAACCCCGGGACACAGCCCCAAACGGCGCCUCCAAUGAUGAACGGGAUCCACAUAGGCGAGAGGGACAACCCCAUACUUCCAACAAUACUUCUCAGCCUCCCCAAAGACACUAUAUCGAUUUCGGAUCCGGUACCCCAUCGCAACACUCGGAUCGGAACAGUAUUCCAAGAGACUCGGCUCAAUCAAUUCGACCAGCUCAUCCAAUAAACGGAAGUUCCAGGUCAUCAGAGCUCACUCAGACUUUGCGUUCAGCAGGCAACUCCCAGCAUCCCAGCUUCCCAAGGCACGGCGGAUCUCAAACCAUGGCACACGGCACAGCCCCCGUGAACGUUGGACACCUGGGGUUGACCAGCGGUACCGGAAAUACGACAACUCUCAGCCCAGCCCCGGAUCCAGACUCUAGAAGGGGUCCUCACGAUGGGACUCUGCCAAGGCCUGUUCGAAUCCGUGACACACAAGAUCCCCACCCUACUGAUCACCGCCUUCAGCCGACAGGAGCUUCAGAACCAGCGUGGGAGGGAGAUGAAAUCGAGUGGGAAGAUGGCUGGAAUAGCGGAAAUCGAGAGAAAAAGAGAGAGAAGAAUGAGAAGUGGGCCCGAGAUCCGAAGGUCUGA